CUGUCCUGGAUUAUGUUCUCGCUAUCCCUUAGGUACCAGUAGCGACGGUCGGUUUCAGAUGUUGUGGUUUUUAAGGAGGGGGUCUUAACAGUUUUCUCGCAUUCCUUUUCACGACACCUGAGUUAAAAACGGCUAACUUUGUAGCUAGCAAUAGCACAGCUCUGACCCGACUGCCACAUCAGACAUGCUACUUAGCCACCUAGCCGUGUGAGGAUUUCAGCUAACGGUCGUUAAUCGUCGAGCUACCUCGACAGCUCUACCACAACAAUGGACGACGCGUGCAUGAAGAAGCAGAACUGGGACGUGAAGGAGACGGAGUUGUUUCUUGAAAUCCUCAAGGAUUUGGACAUGAAGAAAUGCUUGGACGGGAGGAAAGUGAGGAAUAACACACUCUUCAAGGUGGCUCACAGGAGGAUGACAGCUGCCGGCUACCACAGGUCCGUGGACCAGUUAAAGUUUCGCUGGAAACUCCUCAAGAGUGCGUAUUACAAGUGCAAGAGAGCGCCCAACUCUCCGGCUCCGACCAAGAUACAGGGCUGGUGGCGCUACGAGAAGACAAUGGUCGCUAUCAUGGAGUCCAGACACCCGCUGGUCGGGGCUGGAGUGAACUCAGACAGGAACGAUGAAGUGACUGAAGACUCGGAUGGAGACGCGUCAAUGCUACACUGGCCGCAGCCCUGCCCGGACAAUAGCACCCAGAACCUGGAUUUAAUUGUAGGGAUCAAAAUGGACCCUGAGAUGGACUCGCAGUUAAAAAUUGGUUUUAUUGGUGCAGGCAACAUGGCCUAUGGCAUUGCAAAGGGCAUCUUGUCUGGGAAUAUUCUUGCUGAAAACAUUCAAGUGAGCGCACCGUCAGUCCGGAAUCUAGGACGGUUUCAGGAGCUCGGGGUCGCUGUCACUCACUCCAAUAUAGAGGUGGUGUGUGGUUCGGAUGUGGUCUUUCUGGCUGUCAAGCCUCACCUUAUUCCACCAGUUCUCAAUGAGAUCGCGCAACACAUCACAGACAGACACAUAGUUGUGUCUGUUGCGGCAGGAAUAACACUAGCAACAUUAGAGGAGCUCCUUCCAGAGAACACGGUCACUGUCCGCUUGAUGCCAAAUCUACCAUGUAUGGUUCAGGAAGGUGCUCUGGUCUUUGCAAGGGGAUCGCAUGCAAAAGAGGAGGACGGAGCUCUGCUUCGCUCCUUGUUACAUCACUGUGGUUUGGUGGAGGAAGGACCUGAGGCCUGGAUUGACAUCCAUACAGGACUCAGCGGGAGUGGAGUCGCUUUUGUGUAUCUGUUUGCUGAAGCGCUGGCAGAAGGAGCCGUUAAAAUGGGCAUGCCGAGUUCUCUGGCCCACAGCAUUGCAUCUCAGACUGUUCUGGGUGCUGGGAGAUUGAUGCGUGACACCGGCAAGCAUCCAGCUCAACUCCGCUCAGAGGUCUGCACCCCGGGUGGAACAACUAUUUACGGGCUUCACAUGCUGGAACAAGGCGGCGUGAGGGCAUCAACCAUGAGCGCUGUGGAGUCUGCCACUGAGAGAGCCAGGGAGCUUGGCCGUAAGUCAGCGGCGGCAAACCGAAAAUGACGGCUGCUUUUCAAUAACGGACUCAUUGAACUUAAAGCCCAACAUGAAAAAAAAGUGAUGACAAACCUGACAAAUUCAACCUCAUCAUAAAACACAGAAACAAAACUGGAGAUUUUUGCUCUUAUUUCCCCUAAACAAGUGCAUUUUAUACUUAACUUUUCUCUGACCAGAAUGAAUUGUGAGCAAAACUUAAAAAAAUGGCUUCACGUUGACACUGAGAGGUACUUAAGAGAGAGUGACUACUUCUUACAUGCACAACAGUAAUAAUGAUGAAGGCAGUCUAUUGUAUGAUGCACUAAAUGUCAUACAUAAAUGUUUGAUUUUGAAGUUGUGCCAUUAUUGAGACGGUGUUAGCUUGAGUUUGACUACAAAUAACAAAAUGGGGAUACUAAUCUAUACUGUGUAGAGGAAGACUCAAUCUGUUAUGUAGCACCAGUCAGGCCAAGAAACAUCUUGUGGAAACUUCAACCUUUGCCUUACUGGCCUUGAUUGGCUUAUAUCAUGCAUGUAUUGUGUAGUGCAGAAAGGCUCUUAAACAUGUGGAUGUACAGUAUCUAUAUAAAUAUGGUAUUAAAUAUUUGGCUGUAUGCAGCCUGGCACUUAAAUUAGUGAUAAUGACGUCAGGGUGAUUGCGAGUACACGGCUGAAUCCCAGUGAUAGCUUCAGUCUCAGGUGUUGGAUUCAUCGAGUCACUCUGUAGAAAACUACAGUAUUGACUAUCUACAAUGCCAAGUGUGUAGAGAUAGUUUACAAUAAUGGGGGAAAGGAUCACUUUGUGCAUUGCCUUAUUUUUUUUUAUUUAUUUAACUUAAUUAAUUGGAAGCUGUAAAGCAGUAUAUUGUCCCAAAUAUAGACACAUACUUCAGUCUCCUCAGAAUGGUUAGGUCCUUGAGCAGAGGGAGGUUGUUGUUGUUCAUACUGUAGCUUUGGCCUUGUUGUUUUGCAGUUGGGUGAGUUUGUGUUGGCUGAUUUAUCAGCUGGUUUCACAUUAAACAGCUUAACAAAUAUGUUUAGUUCCUUUUGUUUAUUGUUUGUGUGCUGAAACCUUAACUGUUAUUUUUGCUAAAUUAUUAGAAUAUUCAGAUUCCUAGCACACUUUUGUUUUGUAGAGCAAUCUUUGUCUUGUUCUAUCACUUAAAAAAAGGCCCUUUCUCCUUUAAUGAGAUUUCUCACCAUUAAACCUUCCUGUGUAACGUU